AUGGACUUGAAAAAUUCGCGUUUGAAAUCGUGCUGGAGACGGCAAGUUCUCCGGCGGCGUUUUGCCGAGGAUGUUGACUUAGAGAAGCCCGUUUCCUCACGAUUACUUGAUCUGCGAGCUGCCAGAAAGGCUCGAGAAAACAACUCUUCCAACGUUUCUACGCCCGACAGCGGGUUUGGAGAUGAGGACUACCAAAGACCUACCAUAGAACAAUCAUUGAGCAAACCUGAAAGUGAUUUUGAAAAGACUACAACGGAAAACAAGAGCUCUUCUCCAGUAACUGCGCCGGCUGUCGACAUCUGGAAAAUGAUUCAGGAACGAAAGCCGGAGCAUAAAACAGCGAAAAUUGAGAACGGAAAGGACAACUCGGAACAACUCAAAGGCUUGGAACAGGAAAAUCACCGAUUGAGGGACGAACUAGCUAACACAUGUCCGAAAAGCGAACUCAACGAGCUGAGGCGAAAACUGGAAGCAGCUGAAAGCGAGAUUACUGAUCUAAAAGCGCACGCCUCUCGCCGCCCCGCGCUGAAAGGUUUGUUUUAUACUUUCUAA